UUGAGGGUGAUAUUUGAUAAAAAGAAAAUGAGGUCGGAUAUAUUUGGUCCAUUGGGAAGAACAAUCGAAGAUGUUCUAAUUGAGACGACGAGAUGGUGCAUAGUGCCUACGAUUCCUUCGAGCUACUCAAAGAUAAUCCCUCCAAGAUCGAAGCCAUCGUUUCUUACGGUUCCAAGCUCUUCAUCGGCUGCUCAGAUGGAUCUCUUCGCAUUUACUCCCCGGAAUCCUCCGGCUCCGACCGCUCUCCGCCCUCUGAAUUCCACUCCAAGUCCAUGGAGCUGCAGAAGGAACCCUAUGUACUCGAGAAGAACGUGACGGGAUUCUCUAGGAGGUCUUUGUUGUCAAUGGAGGUCAUUGAUUCGAGGGAGCUCCUUUUGACUCUAUCUGAAUCAAUCGCGUUCCACAAACUUCCCAAUUUGGAGACCCUAGCCGUGAUUACCAAGGCCAAGGGUGCCAAUGCGUAUUCCUGGGACGAUCGUCGAGGUUUCCUCUGCUUCGCCAGGCAAAAGAGGGUCUGUAUUUUCAGACACGAUGGGGGACGAGGAUUCGUGGAGGUAAAAGAAUUUGGUGUCCCUGACAUAGUGAAGUCAAUGUCUUGGUGUGGAGAAAACAUAUGUUUGGGAAUUAAAAGAGAAUACGUGAUUUUAAAUGCUACCAGUGGCGCAUUGACUGAUGUAUUUCCACCUGGGAGGUUAGCUCCGCCUUUAGUAGUCUCGCUACCCUCUGGAGAACUUCUUCUUGGGAAGGAUAACAUUGGCGUUUUUGUGGACCAAAAUGGGAAACUUCUUCAAGAAGGUCGAAUUUGUUGGUCAGAGGCACCUUCUGUUGUUGUCAUACAGAAGCCCUAUGCAGUUGCUUUGUUGCCAAGAUAUAUUGAGAUUCGGUCCCUUCGGUCUCCAUACGCAUUGAUACAAACCAUUGUCCUUCGAAAUGGCCGGCAUCUUAUUCACAGUAAUCACGCUUUGGUUGUUGGAUUAGGCAAUUCUGCUUAUGGCCUGUUUCCGGUUCCUCUUGGUGCUCAGAUUGUACAAUUUACAGCAUCUGGUAACUUUGAAGAAGCAUUGGCUUUAUGCAAAUUACUUCCACCUGAAGAUUCAAGCCUCCGAUCUGCAAAGGAGAGUUCAAUCCAUAUUAGAUAUGCUCACUAUCUCUUUGAUAAUGGGAGUUAUGAGGAGGCAAUGGAACAUUUUUUGGCAUCUCAAGUGGAUAUAACCUAUGUGCUUCCCUUUUAUCCUUCAAUCGUCCUUCCUAAGACAACUUUGGUCACUGAAACAGAGAAGUUGAUGGACUUGACUUUGGAUGGCCCUCAUCUUUCAAGAGGUUCUUCAGGUUUUUCAGAUGACAUGGAGUCACCUCCACACCAGCUAGUGGAAUCUGAUGAGAACGCCACAUUGGAGUCAAAAAAGAUGAACCAUAAUACUCUCAUGGCUCUAAUCAAGUUCUUGCAGAAGAAAAGACACAGCAUCAUUGAAAAGGCUACUGCUGAAGGGACAGAAGAGGUAGUAUUAGAUGCUGUUGGAGACCGAUAUAAGAAAUCUUACAAGGGACGAGGGAACAUUCCUAUAAGCUCUGGUGCUAGGGAGAUGGCUGCAAUACUGGAUACAGCACUACUUCAAGCUCUGCUUUUUACAGGACAAUCACUUGCAGCUUUGGAAUUACUAAAAGGCCCUAAUUACUGCGAUGUUAAAAUAUGUGAAGAGAUCCUUCAGAAAAAUAAUCAUUACUCCGCACUGUUAGAGCUAUAUAAGUGCAAUUCCAUGCAUCGUGAAGCUCUUAAACUUUUGCAUCAAUUAGUAGAAGAAUCAAAGGCUAACGAGUCUGAACUUAUCCAAAAGUUUAAUCCUGAAAUGAUCAUCGACUAUCUUAAGCCACUUUGUGGAACUGAUCCCAUGCUAGUUCUGGAAUUCUCAAUGAUUGUUCUUGAAAGCUGUCCCACGCAAACUAUUGAGCUUUUUCUUUCCGGAAAUAUUCCAGCAGACUUGGUCAAUUUCUAUUUGAAGCAGCAUGCUCCUAACUUGCAGGCAACAUAUUUGGAACUUAUGCUUGCAAUGAAUGAGAGUUCAAUAUCUGGAAAUCUCCAGAAUGAAAUGCUUCAAAUAUAUCUUUCAGAAGUACUUGACUGGCAUGCAGAUUUAAGUGCUCAACAUAAAUGGGAUGAAAAAAUUUACUCCUCCACAAGAAAGAAGUUGUUGUCUGCUUUGGACUCUAUCUCAGGGUAUCAUCCUGAGGUUCUAUUAAAACGUCUUCCUUCUGAUGCAUUAUAUGAAGAACGAGCAAUCUUGUUGGGGAAGAUGAACCAACAUGAGCUAGCCUUAUCUCUCUAUGUACACAAGAUCCAUGUUUCUGAGUUGGCAUUGUCCUAUUGUGAUCGGGUUUAUGAAUCUGUAGCUUACCAGCAAUCUACAAAAUCUUCUGGCAAUAUAUACCUGACUCUUCUACAAAUAUACCUCAACCCCCGCAGAACAACAAAAAAUUUUGAGAAGAGAAUUACGAAUUUAACAUCGCCUCAAACUAUGGGCACUCCAAAACUUGGUUCCGGUCCUACAUUUAAGGUUAAAGGAGGCCGUGCAGCCAGGAAAAUUGCUGCAAUAGAAGGUGCAGAAGACAUGAAAAUAAGCCAUAGUAAUACCGACAGUGGCAGGAGUGAUGGUGACACAGAUGAAAUGGGUGAAGAAGGAAGCUCUUCAAUUAUGCUUGAUGAAGCUCUGGAUCUGUUGAGCCAAAGGUGGGACAGAAUUAAUGGAGCGCAGGCACUCAAACUUCUACCUAAGGAAACAAAAUUACAGAACUUGCGUCAAUUUCUUGGACCACUUUUGAGGAAAUCCAGUGAGGCGUACAGGAACUCAUUAGUGAUAAAGAGUUUGCGACAGAGUGAAAACUUGCAGGUGAGAGACGAACUCUACAACCAAAGGAAACCUGUGAUAAAAAUAACUGGUGAUAGCAUGUGCUCCCUUUGCAAGAAGAAAAUUGGGACGAGCGUUUUCGCGGUCUAUCCCAACGGGAAAACUCUCGUGCAUUUCGUCUGCUUUAGAGACUCGCAGAGCAUGAAGGCUGUGUCCAAGAGUUCACCCCUUAGGAGGCGUACAUAAACAAUGUAUUGGCUUUCUCCUCUUUAGCUACCAAACACAAAAUAAAGCUCUGACAGGGAAACUGACAAAACAAGUGUCAAAGGAAAUUCUUUCCUUUUCAUUACAAGGGAAAUACUGCUGGUGUGGAAAACUUGGAAAGUGGCAUGGAGAGUAUUUCAUUUGUGUCAUUCAUGGGAUGGGGUUUUUAUUUUCUAAAUUUAUUCGUGAGUGUCCGGACCAGCUUACUUGUACGGUGUACCUCGAUCGAUCUCACGAGACAACCACCUGACCUUACUACAUUUGGGUGUAUUUAUUUACUAUAAUAUCCUAUUUUUUUCCAAUUGGGUGAAGAAUGUGAAGUUUGUAUUUAUUAUUAUAUGAGGGUUUUGAUUUCUUUCUUUCAUUUGUAUUUAUUUUGCUGUAAAAUAUUUCAAGUACAACAUGAAUGAGAGAGCAAAAGAUCUUUCAUCUUA